CAUCCUUGGCGUCUUUUUGGUGAUAAAUGCGUCAAAGCAGUUUGUAGCAAAUAUGGCGCAAUGAAAGGCUGUGGUGAAUGUGUAACUUAUCAGCAAUCUUUAGAGGCAAAUUACAUUGAGGAUGACUGUCCCUGCUAUGAGUGCGACGACAAAGAUUUUUGUAACUUGGCCUUUGGCAUUCUGUUAAAUUUAAAGAUUAUAUUUGUGAUUUGCUUAAUUGUGAUCUACUACUUAUUUUAA